AUGUCGGUCGAAGUGAGAGCGGGUCGACCAACAAUGCCAACAAUUCCACAAUCCAAGAGACCAACAAUUUUAGUUUAUCCGACAGGUAAGAUGUCAAUACAAUUUUUUGUAAGAUAAAACAAAAUAUCAUUGUUUUCAUCUUUUCAAUAAUGGUGCGAAUGCAAUUCUACGUAAUACUCAUACAAUAACAAUGAGACAAGUGAUACUUGAAUAAUAACAUUGAAUUUUACAGAGUCAAUGAGAUUACUAUCUACUUAAGUAUAAUACAAUUGGAUAAUGAGGAAAUUUAAUUUUACAAAAAGGAAUUAAUGGAAUUAUCAGAUUAUCUUCCUGAUCCAGAAUCCAAUCUUUUUGCAAACUUAAAAAUAUUGUGAAAGGAUUAAGUAUUUCGUUAAAAUCCUGUUAUGACAGAACGAAUCUUCGUUGUACUUUACGAAGUAACCAAGCAAAUAAUUACUUCCCAAUCUCAAGGGUCUAAAAGAAACAGAGAGUGGGAGCUUAAUCAAAUUGCAAACUGUCUAGACGUCUAAAUGAAGAAGUGAUAUUUAUAAAUAAAAAAUGAUAUAAAUAUUUUAACGUUGUAAUUUUAGAUUUAGAAUGUUGUUAUAGUACGAAAUUAUUUUGAUUUUAACAAAAAAAUAUUUAUGAGUCCUAUUAUUCAAAAUAUAUUUUCGCUAUUAUUAUAUAUUAGAUUUUUAUGCACUUAUAAGAAAUUUAAAUGCAAAAGUGUACAGUAAAAUAUCUAAAAUGCAAUAUUACAUUUAUAAUUAACAGAGAAAACAAUGUUCUGUUUAGGUUCUCUUUUCUAAAUUUGAUUUAUAAAAAUAUAAACUCUAGUAAAAAUCCAUAGUUUAUUUAUAUUAUAUAUCUUGUUUUUUUGUCACGUUAAACGAAACACUUUUCUUUUCUUGGAAGUUAAAUUAUCGUUUAGAAGAUUGAUGGCACUUCUUUCACAACUUUUAUUAAAAGAUUCAUUUGUAGAAUCAUUUGUUGUCAACUUUCUUCAGUAUUUGUUAGGAAGUUAUAUAAAUAACAGAAAUCCAAUUAUUGCUUUCAUAUUUGUUUGAAAAUUUAACGCGGCUGUUACUUUAGCUCAAAAACUUCUUCGUUUGCGAAGUGAUUAGCAAAUGGAAAUCAUCGGAAGUAAGAAGGCAAUUCUGUUACAUGGAAUACACAUUAAUGUAUUAACUCGAUUGAUAUACGAAUUAGGAUUCAUUUGCAAAAUUUCAGAAACGUUCCGAUGAGAAAAUCUUCACAAUUAAAUUGAAAAUUACUUUUGUUGUUUUUUAGUAACUCCAGAGAGUAUCAUCAUUCCAAUAGUAUCAUGCAUACUUGGAUUUCCAUUGCUGGCUCUAAUGGUUAUCUGUUGUUUAAGAAGAAGAGCAAAACUCGCGAGAGAACGAGCUCGAAGAAGAAAUUGCGAUCUAGAUCACGGGGCUCUCAGUCUCGUUCGUUUUAGCCCUGUCCAUCGUUUAGCUGGAAUAGAUCGUCCAAGAGCAGUAUCAUUACGAAGCGAUCGAGGAUCUAAAGCUUUCCCAUCGUUGGAGCUAGACACGGUGGUUGAAGAACGAUCAGAUCCUGAACAAAGCACUGCAUUGGAACUUAGUAGCCCAGAUUAG